UCGCGCAGGCGCAAUGUAAUGACGUGACGUAAUUGUCCAUUCAUACUUUUUGUUCAUUCAAUGAAACAAAUAUUUUAUUGACGAAGUGUUGUGUAAAUCAUUUUACGACUGUUAUUGUCCGAUUCAACUCGUUUAUUAAGAGAGUCAAAAAUUAGCUACAUAUUUGAGUGAAGUGAAAAAAAUGUGUUAAUAAAGUUUAAAGUGCAUUCAUUGAUAAAUUUCAUGGCACAUACUGAACACAUGCGCACUGCAUUUGUUAAUUCAUUCGAUUUUGACUGUGCGAUAUAAUGCUUUCAAAAAUGUGUAAAUAUAAAAUUGUUUCUAUUUUUUAUUGUGUUCGGGUUGGAACUGUCUCAUCGUCUCCACCUUCUUGAAAACAGACUCAAGUAGAACAUUACGACACUCCGGAAGUGGCGGGACAAGCCGGGCGAGGGGCUCGUUCCGAAAGAGAUAACAGCGGAUGAAAGAGAUAAACAGUUAUGGAUUUAACAUGGCGGACGAAACGCGUAAAGUGCGAGUAGAAGAAAGAUUGAAAAUAAAGAUUGGUGAAGCUAAGAAUCUCCCAGCUCGCAAUAAUGGCGCCGCCUGCCAACGUGACAUAUACUGCGUGUUGUCCCUCGACCAAGAAGAGAUAUUCCGCACUUCCACAAUGGAGAGAACACUUAACCCAUUUUUUGGCGAGGAAUUCCAAUUCGAAGUACCACGAAGAUUCAGAUACCUAUCCAUAUACGUGUUCGACCGCGAUAAGCAUCUCAAACAAGAUAAGGUCCUCGGGAAGGUCGCGAUUAAACGCGAGGAUUUGCAGCGAUACAACAAUAAAGACCACUGGUUCGCCUUGCGACCGGUGGACGCAGAUUCCGAAGUUCAGGGCAAGGCAUACAUCGAACUCACACUGGAAGACUCGAGAAAACGGUUACGAAUGGACCCAAAGCCGCCCGAUCCGGACCCGAAUGCCGACAACUGCUCGGCGAAGACGAAGGCAAACAAUCUCACAAGGCUAUCAGAAUAUUGUAAAGAGAGUAUUAGGUUCGGAACGAGUUCCAGCUCGACGAGCAAAAAGCUUCUCAGUACAGUCGCGACGGAGCCAGCGUUGGCCCUGUCGCGAUCGGAGAGCCUGAAAGAUCGCGCGCAGUGGGCGGUACGGACGAAACCCCCGAUGCAUGCGAUGUCAGAGUCUGACGCAUCACCCACACCCACCGCAGCCGACUACUGGUCGGACCCAGAAAGACAUUGUGCAGCUCGUGUAGGUCCUGACACGAUCCGGUUACGAGUUCUCGAAUGUUCUGAGCUCACCACAAAGAAUGGACAAUGUGAUCCCUUCGCACUUGUUACAUUAUUGUAUUCCAACGGGCGUAGAGUCGAAAGACGCACAAAACCUAGAAAAAAAACAGUCAAUCCCCAGUUUGAUGAAAUUUUUUGCUUCGAUCUCGUGAUGGAGGCCGAUCCGAAGGAUAAGGAUGGUUCACAAACGGCAGGAGUAGCCUGCGAAGCGAGGGUUUCCGUUUGGCACGACGCGGCCACACCAGUAUUUCUCGGUGAAGUGCGGUUGCAGUUACGGCAGCCUGCACCUUCGCCACUAUGUGCUUGGUAUUUCCUGCGGUGCCGGGCGGGCGGUGCGUUGUCGCGAGGUGCGACGCCGCCGGGCACGCGGCUGUCAGCGGCGGGCAGCGCCACGCUGGGCUCGCUGCGGCUGCUGUUGCAGUACACGGUGGACCACGUGUUCCCGCUGCACCACUACACGGAGCUCGAGGAGCUCUUCCUGCGCAGCGUACAACAAAAGCCAAUCACGACGUCUGCAGUGUACAUUCUUGGCGAGAUCGUAUCGAGCAAGACGGACGCGGCGCAACCUUUAGUGAGGCUGUUCACGCACCACGACCUCAUCGUGCCCAUUGUCAGAGAACUCGCCAACGCAGAGAUAUCCGUCCUCACUGAUGCGACGACAAUUUUUCGUGGUAACACGCUGGUGUCUAAGAUGAUGGACGAGACGAUGCGGCUGACGGGUGCGGCGUACCUGCGAGGUGUGCUUCGGCCAACGUUGGCCGCCGUGUUGGCCGAGCGUCGGCCCUGUGAAAUCGACCCCGCACGGGUUAAACCCGCGGCUGCCGUCGCCGCAAACCUAGCCAACCUCAAGGACUAUGUCGAACGGGUGUUCGCAGCGAUAACAUCGUCGUACGCGUCGUGUCCCGCCGCUAUGUGCCGGCUGUUCGACGCGCUGCGGCAGUGCGCCGUGCGGCACUUCCCCGCCAACGCGGAGGUGCGCUACUCCGUCGUCUCCGGUUUCAUCUUCCUGAGGUUCUUCGCGCCCGCCAUACUCGGCCCGAGGCUCUUUGAUCUCACCACGGAACAAAUUGAUCCCCAAACGAACCGGACGUUGACCCUGAUCUCGAAAACAAUCCAAUCGCUGGGCAACCUCGUGAGUAGCCGAUCGGCGCAGCAGGUCUGCAAAGAGGAGUACAUGGCCGAGCUGUACCGCAGCUUUUGCACGCCCAGACAUGUGCAAGCGAUAAAACAGUUCCUAGAAAUAAUAUCUACGAGUUCCGACACCCAGAACAACAAUAUACAAGAGACGCCGGUUUUACUUAAGGAGGGGACGAUGAUCAAGCGUUCGGAGGGCGUGCGCGGCGGCACGGGCUCGCCGCGGCGGCGCUGGGCGCGCACCGGACACGCGCACUGCAAGCGGAGGCAUUUCCGGCUAACCAGUGGGGAGUUGUCGUGGUCGCGAUGCGGCGCAAAGGGCGCGACGGCGCGCGGCGCGCACCGCCUGCCGCUGGCCGGCGUGCUCAGCGUGCGGCCCGUGGACUGCCCGCCCGCCGGCGCGCCGCUCGACGCCAACAACAUCUUCCAGAUCGUGCACCGGGAGCGCGUGCUGUUCGUGCAGGCCAGCAACUGCGUGGAGCGCGCCGAGUGGCUGCGGCUGCUGUCCGCGCUGUGCCGGCACUCGCCCGCGCCGCCGCACAAGGGGUACUACGCCGACUGCAAGUGGACGUGUUGCGGACGAACGGAGCCCGACGCGGAGGGGUGCGGCGGCGGCGGCGGCGCUAACGAGGCGGAGGCCACGUGCGGGCCGGCCGCGCUGGCACUGCGCCUCGACCCCGCGCGCGACCUGCAGCGCCUGCACGCGCUGCUCGUGGCCCACGUGCAUCGGCUCGACGAGCGCCUGCACCGCCCGCCCGAUGACAUGAGUCCCGAAGAACGCGAAGCCGAAGCGGUAACUUUGCGUGAACUACAAAAAAUUAUGUUUGACCUCGAACACCGACAUUGUAUAUACAGAAGAUCAUUAGCCAGGGAAACGAAAUAUGGCAGCAAACAAGCUCCAAUUGGAGACGACAACUACUUGCAGCUUGCGGGCGCCGCGGGGAAUGCGGACAGCGGGUCGCUGUUCUGGCGGCCGUGGCGCGGCGGCUCCUCGCCCAGCGUCGACCUGGACGGCAAGGCGCUGCAGGCCGCGCACGAGCUCUGCUCCAGCACUGAGUCGCUGCGCCUGGCGCGCCUCGCCGACGAGCGCUCCUCCGGCAAGUCGGCGCGCUCCGCCGGCAGCGGCUACCUCGCCAUGUCGCGCCUCAAGCCCGAGCCCGACGACGACGCCGAGCGGCCCGCGCGCCCGCCCAAGCCGGCGCGCCUGUCGCCGCCGCGCGCCGCGCCGCUCUGCGAGUACGUGGACGUGGAGCUGCAGCCGCCGCCGCGCCGCGCAUGCCGCGAGUACGAGCUCAUGGCUGACUUCAUGAGCCACGCGCCCGCCGACGACGCGCCGCCCGCCGUGCCGCCACGCGCGCGCCUGCAGCCCCGCCCGCCCGACGUCGACGUCACCAGAUCGGACGAGCACGCGACCUUCAGGCACGACGCGAUGUGCGGCUCCACCACCAGCCUGCCGGAGGGCUCUCGCUCCGAGGGACGUUUGGCGAAUCUGGACCCCGGUGAAUCUCGACCUGCGAGUAAAAUCGACACCGUGUCGAAUGACGACAGCCUCCUCGACGAACUGCAGCGCGACACGUACUGCGUGUUGAAGGUAUGCGAGGACGAAUCUCCGGAUCGUGACGCGACGGAGAGUAAAUGUGAGGAGACUUCCGACGUCAAAGAGAAGGAGGAGUACGGGAUGUUCUCGAGAAUAAGCUUGCAACGGAAAUCGAACCCGAUCAAAACUCAGUCGGGCUCGAUGAAGCCGCUGAAGACGUCCAACUCGACCUCGAACGUGCACGACGCCGGCUCACAUUCCUCACGGCCGCUCGCGGAAAGGCUGACGCCGUUCUUCCUGAAGAAGAAGCCGAAGCCCCCGGAGGACGCUCAGAGCUCGAAGAGCACGCGGAAGGAGGACAAUCUUAUCGGGCGGUUGACGCCGCGUUUCGGGCAGUCCCGGCUGUACGGGCGUGGGCAGUCGCUCGAGCUCGCGCCGAGCGAGGGCCGCCCCAAGCGCAUCGAGCGCUCCGCUACCACGGUGAACAUUCCCACGAGACCGAUCAACUCGUCCAUCGUGGCCAACCUGAAGUUCUUGACGCUGCACCGCUACGGCGCGCAGGACGACGUGCCGUGCCACGCUUUCGCUCGCGCCGCGGAGGACGAGGGCGGCGCGGAGGGCGAGGCCGGCUGGCGCGCGCGCGGCCCGCUGCUCGCCGCCACCACCGACAUUAGACUGUGAAGUGCAGUGUGCCGAACACUAGUGGCUGUGGCGAAUCUACACUUUGGAUUCUCCUUUAUCGAACUAGUUAUGAAUAGUUAGAACCGAAAGUCGCGCCCACACUGAUAAAACUUGCACCGUGAGUUGAAUUCUGCAGGCAGCGAAAGUACUUUCGCAGAACGUGUUGCACAACGCACUUUUGGUGUGGUCGCAGCUUAAGAGUAUACUUAAUAAAUUAUUAUUAUUCAAACUUAUUUUUUUAUAAAGAAACUGAGGUCGAUUCGCGUACAUAAUAAUGGUGGUAUUUGAUUGGAUGCUCGCAUAUAACGCACCCGUCCGGCAUUUUUGUAAACUAUUGAGGGGAUUAGCGUGUAUUAUAUUAAUUCGAUAACACUACGUCGCUGUGCGAGCGUGCUGUCUCGGAGUUCAUCUCUACAAAAUAAUAGUAUUGGAGAGGCUAUUAAACGCCAUUCCUUCCUCCUCGAAUAUGAAAUGUUGGCUUGUCGCAAAUGAUAUGGCACUCCUAACAUGUCCAUACGAAGUGAAAUACCGCGGUUAGUUUUCGGAAUUCGGCUAGAUUUAUUGUGUUAAAGGACGACGAUGAUAAUGGCUCGCUCACACAUUGGAAUUAUUCAAUAUUCUUUGAACCUAAAGUAUUAUCACGAGUUGCUCAUUAUUCUAAUCUUUUAUCAUCUAGUUACAAUUUAAUAACAGAACCGAUUAAAAAAUCGGUAUUAUACUGAAUGGAAAACAAAUCUAAACUCUAAAUUAUUACAACCUGUUUUUUCUAAGGUGAAUUAAAAUAUAAACAAGUCUUUUGAAGAAACUCGUAGCGACGCACUAUGCAAGGCGCUUUGAACGUUCUUACCACGAACUAAUUAUAAUUAUGUAAUCGUACUACAACUUUAAGGGCCGACUUUUCGCCGAAGGAAUAAAUUUGAUGCUUCGACGGUUAUUAUAUUGGAAAUCUGUCAACACGUCAAAUUAAUUCAUGAGUUAAAAUUUAUCCAAAGAUCGAAAAAUCAGCUCGUAAACGUCCUAGCGUCGCUUUUAUGUCGUCUAAGGAGAAAUAGAAUUACCUAGUUUGGUUUGCGCGUGCCCUAAGGGAACCCGCGAUGUAGAUAGGUCAUAGGCGUAACUCGACGUGGUGCUGUGUGUGGAGAUGGUGCGACUGUAAAUUAUUCAACAAUGGUUGUAUUUAUUGCUAUAUUUUUCGAACUUCUUUUCGUAGACCUGAAGUAUGUGCCUCCUCUAGUUCGUAGAAGUAUUUUGGACCGAGUGUACCGAUACGAUUAAAUGUAGUAAUGAUAGUGUUAAUACUCAAAAGGUGCCAAGUGUUAAACCACCUGCCCCUGGUGGCGGUUGAUUCUCAUUCCUCUAGCACAAUAAUAUUGCAAAGCAAAAAUAAUAUAAAAUAUACUAAACAAAAUCACUAUCUCUUCUGUGAUUGGUAUUGACUGUUGAUGUCAAAAAUUGAAUCUAUCGGCAUAAAAUACGGUACUUUACAUAUUUGUAUAUUUUAUUUUAUGUAAAUGUCAAUAUAGUUUAAUGCCAUAAGAACUUGAAAGUUAAGAAAAUUUUUCGGGUACCUACAGACUAUUGUAAAAUAACUAAUAUAAUAUAAAAUGUUAUUAAAUGCAAUUUUUAUUAAAGAAAAUAUACAAAA